AGUCGGCUUAGCUUCAAGCCGCGGUGCGCAAAUGACUGCGGUAUGGUAGCUUCUUGAUGCACGGCCUGAUCCAUGUCGUUUGGAAGGAAUUCAUCGUGCAUCAGUAUGGUCACCGCUUGUGGGACCAGGCCUUGCAUGCAGAAGCCUUGGAUGAGUCCCUCAUCCUCCAGCUCAAGCAGCAUGAGGAUGAGAUGACCCUCGGGAUGAUGCGGGCAUGCUUGUCAGCGGCCGCUGCGAAUCUGGAAGAUUGUCUAGAGGCAUUUGGUGCCUUCUUCGUGAGAUUCGCCGUGCGGCAAGGCUGGCACCAGUGGCUGCAAGGCAUGGGCAAUUCCUGGCAGGAAGCUGCUUUUCCAACGGCAUGUACUGCUUUCGCAUGUGACAUAUGCCAGGAGUUCAUUCAGAACCUCAACGAUAUGCACCACGUCCUGGAGCGAGAUUUCCGGUCGGCGCGCUUUCCAGUGUUUAAAAGCCGUCAAGCCGGGACAAGUUUCUACCUUACCUACAGUUCUAGCCGCUUCUUCCCAAGCUUGGCCAAAGGUAUUGUGACGGAGAUCUCGGACGCGCUUUUCGAUGUUCAUUUGGAGUUGACAGAGAUCAGUCGCGAGAAGACGGAAGUUACCUGGAAGGUGACCGAGAGACCAUCACAACGAUGUUCGCCGGAUGCUGGCAAGGCUGAAUUCAGCUCCUGGAGCUUCUUCGACUUUCACAAGGUCAUGGCCUCCCUUUGCAAGACCUUCGACUGCUGCGAGCAGGAUUGCAAACCUUCGGCUGAAGUAGUGACAGCCGACAACUGCAGCGAGGGAACAAACAUGGAAUCGCCUGAGACCGAUAGGGACGAAAUGAGGAAUCAAUACAGUACCUCAGUCAGCACAAUUUCAAUGGAUGACUCUUUGGCAUCCCAGGGGGAGUCCUUACCGACCUUGGAGAAGAUCCGCGCCAAGUUCGGCACAGAAGAGCAUCUAUUGAUGUGGCUGGGUGGGCAAAGCCCUGAUACCCGCCUGGAGCUGGCUCGCACGCUGCACCGCGAAGUGCGUGCUGGCCGCGUUGCGAGCAGCUGGUACGAGAUCGGCAUCACCCAGUACAGCAGCUUUUGGGACCCUGAGCGGCGAGACGACUUCUAUCACUGGUCCGAGAGCUGCCAAGAAGAAGCGCCGCUCCAAAACCACCAGGGCCACUCAAUCAUGAUGUACUUCCAGGCCAUCACUCACCGAGCUCCUCUACGGUUUGUCAGCCAUGCUUGGGGUAGCCCACAGGACUGGCAUGAAGUGAUGGGCAAGAAGUGCAAAUACGAGGAUGUCAAGGCUGCCGAAUUGUGCAUUGCAGCCAAGGACAUUGCCGCAGAGUACUUGCAAGAUGCCAAUCGGUGGGAGGAGGUACGCUUUUGGAUCGACAAGUGCUGUAUCCGACAAAACGAGCCAGAGUUCAUGGCCGUGUCCAUUCAGCUGAUCGAGGAGUUUAUACAGCUUUGCGAUGGCAUGGUGGUGAUUUUGACUUGGUCCUACCUGCAGCGGCUGUGGUGCGUCUACGAGUGGGCGUGCUUUCUGGUCUUUCACGAGCCACACGACCUGGUCAUCUGUGCUGAGUCCCUCUACCGUGCCGGGACAGAGGAGCGCUUCCUGGAGUCCGUGCGCCACUUCUCUGUGAGGAGCUGCCAGUGUUCAGAUCCGGCGGAUCGAAGUGUGCUGAGACAGAAGAUCAGUGAGUACUACGGUUGCUGCGAGAACUUCGAGCGGUUCUUGCGUGUCUCAGUCAUUGCCAUCACAGUGCGCUGCCUGGCAGCCCGUGCUGCUCGCAACCACCUUUGCAUUGGGAAGUGGAUCUCGCUGGCGGAAGAGCUGGGUCUGAAGGAGUUGGCAGCUGGCCUUCAAAAAGCCGCUCCUCAGGCUUGGCGCCAACAAGCAAUGGAGGAGCAAGUUUCAGAUAUGCAGUUUUACAUCAAGGCCCAAAGCGACACCUGGUUUGCCGAGCACAUGUUUCCAAUCCUAGCGGCGGAGCGGCGCCGUGCUGUUCAAAGACACAUCUUCCGCACGAUGAUUCUUCGCAAGGAAACUGUCCGCAGAGCGCUGAGCGACUCGAACUUCAAGCAGCCAACUCUCAAAGCCGGCAGGGCCUUGAGAGUCAGACACAAAUUAGCGCCCGCUACAGCAUGAGGCGAAUUUUAAGUGUCUGAAGCUGAGUGAUACACUGGUCACAUUGCAAGAUUGUGUUGCUUGUGUUCUUGGGCUUGGCGCACUCAGCCACUCGAUCCGAUGGACCGUAUGGCCGAAGCCAAAUGCAUGAGAUGUAGUUCUACUUGUUUGCAAAAGUCGAUUCCUGCUCCCUUGCGGAGAGAAUCGAGAACGGGCGGGUUGAAUCCUGCAGUGAGCUUGGCAAAAGGCCGGCAUACGCUUGCCGUGGCAUGUGUCAAGCUUGCUGUUUCAGGCGGAAGCAC